AUGACGCGCGCGCCUCGAGCGUCGGCGCGACCGCGGCGCGCGACGACGACGACGACGACGCGCGCGACGACGACGACGACGACGGGCGGUGGUAUAUUCCGACCGAAACGACGCGACGGCGACGCGGGACGCGCGGACGCGCGCUCGACGGCGACGCGGAACGCCGCGGUGGUCGUCGCGAGGCGACGCGCGACGACGCGAACGACCGCGACGGCGACGGCGACGACGGACGCGCGACCGAAACGACGCGUGGCCAUCUUCGUGGAGCCGAGCCCGUUUUCGCACGUGAGCGGGAUGAAGAAUCGAUUCCUGCGAUUGAUCGAGAACCUGCGAGAGAUGGGAGACGACGUGGUGGUGAUCACGCCCGAUCGCGAUCCGCCGAAGGAGUAUCACGGGGCGAAGGUGAUCGGGUUGAGAGGGUUCGUGCUGCCGUUUUACGGGACGGACACGCUGCUGUGCUCGUUCGGGCUCGACGGACGGGUGUGGCGGGAGUUUAAGGAGAAUAAACCGGACUUGGUGCACUGCGCGGUGCCGGGAGGGAUGAUUUUUGGGGCGAUGACGUACUGUAAGGCGAUGGAUAUACCGCUCGUGGAGUCGUAUCACACGCACAUUCCGCACUACAUUCCGAGGUACACGUGGGCGGGGUUGGUCAAGCCGAUGUGGGACUUGAUUCGGUUUUGGAACGGCUACGCGUCGACGACGUUGGUGACUUCGAGCAUUCUGGAGAACGAGUUGAGAGGAGAAGGGUGUAAAAAUUUGCAAGUCUGGGACAAGGGCGUGGACACGGUGGCGUUCAAUCCGAGCUUUAAGAGCGAGGAGAUGCGCAAGCGUCUGAGCGGCGGUCGCGACGGUCCGAUCAUCGGGUGCGUCGGACGCCUCGGCGCGGAAAAGCGCUUGGGAGAUCUCAAAGAUAUUCUCGCAAAAUUACCGUCGAACGUGAAUUUGGCCAUCAUCGGAGACGGACCCGAACGUAAAAGGCUCGAGGAGCACUUUGCCGGAACGAAUACAGUUUUCACGGGGAUGAUCACGGGAGACGAUUUGUCCGCAGCGUACGCGUCUUUGGACGUGUUCGUCAUGCCGAGCCCGAGUGAGACGCUCGGUUUUGUCGUCAUGGAGUCCAUGGCUUCGGGCGUACCCGUCGUUGCCGUCGCCGCCGGUGGCUUACUCGAUAUCCUCACCAAUCCGGGCGACGUCGGCUUGCUCUACCCCGAGUACGACUACGACAAAGCCGCCGAGCACGUCAAGAUGUUGCUCGAGAACGACAGCGAACGCCAACGCAUGGGUGCGGCAAGUCGCGCAGACGUCGAAAAGUGGGGAUGGAUGUCGUCCAAUAGAAAUCUCCGAGAGAACCAGUACUCGAAAGGGUUG